CAUCGACGAGGCAAAAACGCUGGUGCAUCGCCGCAGUAUUGCUCCGCAGCAGUACAGCACUGCAGCAUCGCUCAGCACUCAUACACGAGGCGCAGCGCUGCGAGUUCAAUCGCUGCAAAAAUCGCUCCCGUCGCUGCAAAACAGCAAGCCUGACAGGACACCAUGGCAUCCUUCGAAGGCGAUGCUGGUCCCGUGCUAGGUAUCGACCUAGGCACGACGUUUUCGUGUGUUGCCGUCUACGACGACGCCGAAAAAAAAGUGAAAGUCCUGGAGAACAGCGAAGGAGCCAGAACAACACCGAGUUACGUCGCCUUCACGGAGACCGGUCGAUUGGUAGGAGCCGCCGCCAAGUCCCAAGCAGCAAGCAACGCCAAGGGCACGUUGUUCGACGUGAAACGCAUUAUUGGGCGGACGUUUCAAGAUCAUGUGGUGCAGGACGAGUGCAAGCGCUUGCCGUUUCCGGUCCGCGAGCACCCUUCCAAAUCCAAGAGACCUUUAGUUGAGGUGAGAUGGCGCGGCGAGACGAAGCAGUUCGCGCCCGAGGAAGUCAGCGCCAUGGUCCUGCAGGAGAUGGCCGACAUCGCCGCGAAAAAACUCGGCAGAGAAAUUACGAGAGCGGUCAUCACGGUGCCCGCGCAUUUCAACGACCAACAGCGCCAGGCCACCAAAGACGCUGGUAGAAUUGCCGGUCUGGAGGUUCUGCGGAUCAUCAACGAGCCGACGGCCGCGGCCCUGGCGUACGGGCUGCACGACCUCGCUACCAAGUCCUCCGAGGUCGGGCGAGUGUUAAUUUUCGACCUGGGCGGCGGUACGUUUGACGUCAGUGUGUUACAGUUGGAGGGCGGGGUGUUUGCCGUGCAAGCGACCGGCGGCGACACGCACCUGGGCGGCGAGGACUUCGACGCGCGGCUCGUCGACCACGUCAUCCGCGCCCACGCGAGGAAAGCCUGCGGCCCGAAGAUCAAGAACGUCAAGAACGGCCACAAAAAUCAGAAAGGCUCUUCCGCGGCAGAAAAAAAGAGAAAACAGGAAGAACAACAAAUUAUUGGGAAACUGAAGGCCGACCCCAAGGCCAUGCGCCGACUGGCUCGAUUAUGUGAGAACGCGAAACGGGAGCUGUCCACCGCCGAGGACGCCGAGGUCGAGGCCGAGGAAUUGCAGCCCGGUCUGGACCUGAAAGUCCGCGUCACGCGCCAGGCCUUCGAGGGGCUCUGUGCGGACCUCUUUGAGUCGUGUUUAAAUACGGUGGAGAGCGUCGUGAGGGAUGCGGGCUGCCAGAUGAGCGACAUCACCGAGUGCGUUUUGGUAGGUGGUUCCACGCGAGUCCCCAAACUGCAGGAGAAGCUGUAUGCCCAGUUUGGUGGGCGGCUGGAGCUGUGCAAGACGGUGCACCCCGACGAGGCCGUUGCCGUGGGUGCUGCGGUGCAAGGCGCCAUAUUGCGAGCUGGGUUGACGGGUGGCGGGCAAGAUCUCGCGCCAGAAAGCUGCCAAGACUUGGUAUUGUUGGAUGUGACUCCAUUAUCGCUAGGCAUCGAGCUGGAGGGCGGGCACAUGUCCACACUGAUCAAACGAUCGACAGCCAUACCCUGUAGCAAGACGAGAGAAUAUACAACAGUAGAAGACUUCCAGACGCAAAUUGAUGUUUGUGUCUAUGAAGGAGAAAGACCUCAUGUCAGCGGCAACAACAAGCUAGGCGAGUUCUCGGUCGAAGGUCUAUAUAGGGGUAAAGCUGGAGAGGCUAAGGUUGAUGUGACCUUCGCAUUGGACGCGAACGGCAUCCUCUCCGUCUCCGCGCGAGAUACGGUGACGAACGCGUCCGCCGAGACGACGAUCAAGGCCGACCGCGGCCGCUUGGACGAAGAUGAUAUAAGAAGGAUGAUCGAGGACGCGAAAAAAAUGAGGGAAGGCGACUCGCAGUUCGCGGAGAAGGCGCGCCUGCGGAACGCGUUGGAGGAGGCCUGCUACGCCGCGAACAAGACGGCGUCUGGCAAAUCCAAGGCGCAGCUCGACGACCUGUUGGAGUGGCUCGAGUACGACGCGGAGGACGCCGACAUGGAUGCCUUGGUGGAAAGGGUGGCGACGCUGAGGGCGGACUUCGGGGUCGUGGUUAAGUAGGAGUCUUAUUU